CUUCAUUCAUCCAGCGUUUAUUGGCGUCUCCUACUACCUGAGCUGUUUUAGGCAGGAAACAAAGCAAAGCAAAGCCCUCCUGGAGCUCACAUUCUGAUGAAGGGGGCAGGCAAGGUAUAGACAAGGAGGAAAGCCCUGGAAUCCAGUACAUUUAAAACUUUUGUUAGGGCUAUCUCUGUUGCAUUUAGUUGUAUGUAUCACUUAUGGCCCCAGGCAUGUCCAUUCCUGGGCAUUCAAGUUGGUCCAUGUGUCAGGCGUGCAGGGUGGGUCACAGCAGCUAGGAACUCAGUGCAGCUUGGGACUUUGGGACAUUCGCUCCACCUCUCUGAGCCUCGGUCUCCUUGUCCAUCAUAUAAGGAAAUCACUGAUUCCAGCCUCCCUGGGCUGUGGAGAGGAUUCCCUCGGCGGCUGUGAAAGAGUGCUUUCUCUGAGGGAAGCGCGAGCGCGGCAGCCAGCGCUCAGCGCCCCUUCGUCCUCUGCUGAACUCCAACGCUGUACUCGACUCGCCGCGCGCCUUCCGGGGCUCCGCAGACCCGCGAGAUGGCACCAAGGAGGAACAACGGGCAGUGCUGGUGUCUGCUGAUGCUGCUCUCGGUCUCCACUCCCCUCCCUGCCGUCACCCAGACCCGCGCUGCGACAGAGUCUGCUUCCCAGGGUCACCUGGACCUCACGCAGCUGAUCGGUGUCCCGCUGCCCUCGUCUGUAUCCUUUGUCACAGGCUAUGGUGGCUUCCCGGCCUACAGCUUUGGCCCUGGUGCCAAUGUCGGCCGCCCAGCCAGGACUCUCAUCCCAUCCACCUUCUUCAGGGACUUCGCCAUCAGCGUCAUGGUGAAGCCCAGCAGCACCCAUGGCGGUGUGCUCUUCGCCAUCACUGAUGCCUUCCAGAAGGUCAUCUACCUGGGCCUGCGGCUCUCAGGUGUGGAGGAUGGCCACCAGCGGGUCAUCCUCUACUACACGGAGCCGGGCUCCCACGUGUCCCAAGAGGCUGCUGCCUUCUCGGUGCCUGUGAUGACCCACAGGUGGAACCGCUUCGCCGUGAUUGUCCAGGGUGAGGAAGUGGCCCUCCUCGUGGACUGUGAGGAGCACAGCCGCAUCCCCUUCCAGCGGUCCCCUCAGGCUUUGACUUUCGAGUCCAGCGCUGGAAUCUUCGUGGGCAAUGCAGGAGCUACAGGACUUGAGAGAUUCACUGGCUCCCUCCAACAGCUCACCGUGCACCCUGACCCCAGGACUCCCGAGGAGCUGUGCGACCCCGAAGAGUCCUCGGCAUCUGGAGAGACCAGUGGGCUGCAGGAGGCAGACGGAGUAGCUGAGAUCUUAGAAGCCGUCACCUACACUCAAGCCCCGCCCAAAGAAGCAAAAGUUGAACCCAUAAACACACCUCCAACUCCAUCCUCCCCCUUUGAGGACAUGGAACUUUCCGGUGAACCUGUACCUGAGGGGACCCCGGAAACCACCAACAUGAGCAUCAUCCAGCACAGCAGCCCCGAACAAGGGUCUGGUGAGAUCCUGAAUGACACACUGGAGGGAAUUCAUUCUGUGGAUGGUGACCCCAUUACUGACAGCGGCUCAGGGGCUGGGGCAUUCCUUGACAUAGCUGAAGAAAAGAAUUUAGCAGCAACAGCAGUGGGGCUGGCCGAGGUGCCCAUCAGCACUGCUGGAGAAGCAGGGGCUGGCAGUGCGCCCACCGGGGGACCGACCCUCUCUGUGUCCACCCAGAACCCAGAGGAAGGGGUCACUCCAGGUCCAGAUAAUGAAGAGAGUUUAGCAGCAACAGCAGCAGGGGAGGCCGAGGCACUCGCCAGCAUACCUUGGGAAGCAGAGGCCAGUGGCGUGCCCCCGGGGGAGCCGGACCUCUCCAUGUCCCCCCAGAGCCUCGGGGAAGAGGCCACUGUGGGUCCAAACAGUGAAGGAAGUUUAACAACAGCUGCAGCUGCAACCGAAGUGUCCCUCAGUACUUUUGAGGAUGAGGAAGCCAGUGGGGUCCCCACAGAUGGCCUGGCCCCCCUCACAGCCACCAUGACCCCUGAGCAGGCAGUCACUUCUGGUCCUGGUGAUGAAGAAGACUUGGCAGCAGCCACAAUAGAGGAGCCCCUCAUCACAGCUCGGGGUGAAGAGUCCGGCAGCCCUCCCCCCGAUGGGCCACCGCUGCCCCUGCCCACAGUGGCUCCUGAAAGAAGGGUCACACCAGCUCAGAGAGAACAUGUGGGAAUGAAAGGACAGGCUGAGCCCAAAGGAGAAAAGGGUGAUGCUGGGGAGGAGAUUCCUGGCCUGCCUGAACCUUCUGGGCCUGUUGGACCCACGGCGGGAGCAGAGGCAGAGGGCUCUGGCCUGGGCUGGGGCUUGGACGUCGGCUCUGGCUCUGGUGACCUGGUGGGCAGUGAGGAGUUGCUAAGAGGUCCUCCAGGGCCCCCAGGGCCACCUGGCUUACCUGGGAUUCCAGGAAAACCAGGAACUGAUGUUUUCAUGGGACCCCCUGGAUCUCCUGGAGAGGAUGGACGUGCUGGUGAACCCGGGCCCCCGGGCCCUGAGGGACAGCCUGGAGUUGAUGGAGCCACCGGCCUUCCUGGGAUGAAAGGGGAGAAGGGAGCAAGAGGACCUAAUGGCUCAGUUGGUGAAAAGGGUGACCCUGGCAACAGAGGCUUACCUGGACCCCCGGGGAAAAAGGGACAAGCUGGCCCCCCUGGGGCCAUGGGACCCCCAGGGCCUCCUGGACCCCCUGGGCCCCCAGGCCCUGGAUGCACAAUGGGACUUGGAUUCGAGGAUACCGAAGGCUCUGGAAGCACCCAGCUAUUGAGUGAACCUAAACUCUCCAGACCAACGGCUGCAAUCGGUCCCAAAGGAGAGAAAGGAGACCAGGGACCCAAGGGAGAAAGGGGGACGGAUGGAGCCAGUAUUGUGGGACCCCCUGGGCCAAGAGGGCCACCUGGGCGCAUCGAGGUCUUGUCUAGUUCCUUGAUCAAUAUCACCCAUGGAUUCAUGAAUUUCUCGGACAUUCCUGAGCUGGUGGGGCCUCCGGGGCCGGACGGGUUGCCUGGGCUGCCAGGAUUUCCGGGCCCUAGAGGACCAAAAGGUGACACUGGUUUGCCUGGCUUUCCAGGACUAAAAGGAGAACAGGGUGAGAAGGGAGAGCCGGGUGCCAUCCUGACAGGGGACAUUCCUCUGGAAAGGCUGAUGGGGAAAAAGGGUGAACCUGGAAUGCACGGAGCCCCAGGACCAAUGGGGCCCAAAGGACCACCAGGACAUAAAGGAGAAUUUGGUCUCCCCGGACGACCUGGUCGCCCAGGACUGAAUGGCCUCAAGGGUGCCAAAGGAGAUCCAGGGGUCAUUAUGCAGGGUCCACCUGGCUUACCUGGCCCUCCAGGCCCCCCUGGGCCACCUGGAGCUGUGAUUAACAUCAAAGGAGCCAUUUUCCCAAUACCCAUCCGACCACACUGCAAAAUGCCAGUUGAUACUUCUCAUCCCGGGAGUCCAGAGCUCAUCACCUUUCACGGUGUUAAAGGAGAGAAAGGAUCCUGGGGUCUUCCUGGCUCAAAGGGAGAAAAAGGCGACCAGGGAGCCCAGGGACCACCAGGUCCUCCACUUGAUCUAGCUUACCUGAGACACUUUCUGAACAACUUGAAAGGGGAGAAUGGAGACAAGGGGUUCAAAGGUGAAAAAGGAGAAAAAGGAGACAUUAAUGAUGGCUUCCUUAUGUCUGGGCCUCCAGGCCUGCCCGGAAAUCCAGGCCUGGCUGGCCAGAAAGGGGAGACAGUCGUUGGGCCCCAAGGACCCCCAGGUGCUCCUGGUCUGCCUGGGCCACCUGGCUUUGGAAGACCUGGUGAUCCUGGGCCACCGGGACCCCCAGGGCCACCAGGACCUCCGGCUAUCCUGGGAGCAGCUGUGGCCCUUCCAGGUCCCCCUGGCCCUCCAGGACAGCCAGGGCUUCCAGGAUCCAGAAACCUGGUCACAGCAUUCAGCAACAUGGAUGACAUGCUGCAGAAAGCGCAUUUGGUUAUAGAAGGAACAUUCAUCUACCUGAGGGACAGCACUGAGUUUUUCAUUCGCGUUAGAGAUGGCUGGAAAAAAUUACAGCUAGGAGAACUGAUCCCCAUUCCUGCCGACAGCCCUCCACCCCCUGCGCUUUCCAGCAACCCACAUCAGCUUCUGCCUCCACCAAACCCUGUUUCAAGUACCAAUUAUGAGAAGCCUGCUCUGCAUUUGGCUGCUCUGAACAUGCCAUUUUCUGGGGACAUUCGAGCUGAUUUUCAGUGCUUCAAGCAGGCCAGAGCUGCAGGACUGUUGUCCACCUACCGAGCAUUCUUAUCUUCCCAUUUGCAAGAUCUGUCCACCAUUGUGAGGAAAGCAGAGAGAUACAGCCUUCCCAUAGUGAACCUCAAGGGCCAAGUACUUUUUAAUAAUUGGGACUCAAUUUUUUCUGGCCAUGGAGGUCAGUUCAAUAUGCAUAUUCCAAUAUACUCCUUUGAUGGUCGAGACGUAAUGACAGAUCCUUCAUGGCCCCAGAAGGUCAUUUGGCACGGCUCCAGCCCCCAUGGUGUCCGCCUUGUGGAUAACUACUGUGAAGCAUGGCGAACCACGGACACGGCGGUCACGGGACUUGCCUCCCCGCUGAGCACGGGGAAGAUUCUGGACCAGAAAGCAUACAGCUGUGCUAAUCGGCUAAUUGUUCUGUGUAUCGAAAACAGUUUCAUGACAGACGCUAGGAAGUAAUGGCCUUCCAAUGAUUCUUAAAGUUUUCAAUGUUUUCUUAUGUGAAGAGUUGACACUGAGAUCUAAAAUGUUUAAUUGUUGUAAAUAUUAUAGUUUUUUUUUCUUUUUUUUUUUUUUACUACACAUUCGUUACAACAGCAACCAAAGAAAACAUACCUCAAUACACUCAAAACUGAAGACAUAGAGGACUCAGAUCAAAGACAAAAUCUGAUCCAUAUAUUGGUGCUAGAUUCUGCGGGAAACCCAGCAGUGUGAACGCAUCCCAACAUAGGUUAAGAGCAAGUUGAAAACAAAGGCCAUGACAUUAUGCCACCGCAUCCUUCAGACAGUUAUAUCCUCCUUUUAAACCAUUGUUGUUGAGUAUAAGAUGUCCUUCAUGUUUUCUUACAAAGUCAGUGUUUAGAAAGGUUAUGCUUUCUAAGUUAUAUACAGAUCAAAUGCUUUUUUCUUUCACAUACAUCCAUCAUUUGCAACUGCCGUUCGUACACAGAAACAGGACUGCUUAAAUGAUCCUAUUUGUAUUUUCUGAUGCUAUCAGACUUUAAUGUUUUUUUCCCUAAAAUAUUAUUGCCAUCAUGCUUUAGGAAUUUUAUAUUUUUACACAAUCAUAUUUUGGUAUGGCGUCUGUUUAUAUAACUGACUUGCUGGAAAAGUUGAAACUCCAAAUUAUCUGAAACUAGAAAAGAAAUAGCACAUAAUUACUACCUUCCCCUUGGCUGCUGUCCUCCCCAACCCCCACCCCACAAUUUUAUGACUUCCAUUUGCCAAUUCUUGAAUUAUAACUGCGACUGAAACAAACAGGUUCAUAGAGAUGAAUUUUCUGAGAAACAUAUAUCUACAUGUUGUAUACUUGGAUUUUUUUUUUUUUUUUUCCGUGUAAGUGAACAUAAAAACAUAUUUUCCGGGUGC